CCCAUCCGUAUCAGACCUCGGUUCGCACGUGUCUCCAUACUUGGCCACCCUACCUGGCCACCCUACCCUUGGCGGUGUUUGGACUCUUCAGCAAGCGGCCCUACACCACGCAACAACAACAACAUGGCCAACCGUCAACGGAACUCUCCAGCCAUCCAUUAACUCUGGUUUCCCGCUGCCCAUCCUCCACAGGUGUAAAACGUGAUCGUCGGCGAGCCUCUGGGUCCUCCGGGUAUGGCAAGUGAGGGCUGAACAUCCGAUGAUAUCUUCUGGGGCCGAGCGUUCAAAGUACGAAGUAUGAUGGCCUGCUUCGGGCUUCUUUUCGGGGCAUCUUCGACGGCGUCUCAAGUACUCUUUCCUAUUCUUGUACUCCCUUGGCCCUUUUCUUCUUCUCUCUUUUCUCUCCCUUUACAACAGCAUUCCUGCUUUACAGCUGGACUGUCUCUUCUUCGUCCAUGAUCUAGGAUCACUCUUUCUUUUAUCAUUUUUUUCUUGUUCCCUUCUUCCAUUCUUGUAACAGACAUUGGAGAAGUCUGCAGGCUCAGACCGAUUUUUUGAGCUGAUCGGACUUAAUACUGCAGUGGAAUUGCAUACGCAAUACAGAACUAAAACAGAGUCAAUCGAAAAGAUACAGCUACCGUAGCAAGGAACCGAAAUCAUGUCGCCUCGUUCAGGCAUCCGGAAUGUAAUGGCAGCCAGUGUAGAGGAGAGAGAGGAGGUUGAGUCACCAAUGGCAAGAAGGGAACGACAUCGCCGAUUUCUCGAGAACCGAAGAAGAAGGACGACUGCUCGUGAGCUAUCAGAGGAAAGGACCGAUUAUGAGAACUAUGAGAAGAAGAAGGGGAAUAAAAAGGGAGGAGUGUGGGCGGAGGGGACAGGAUCAGAAGCUGAAGCAGAAUUAGGCGAUGGGAAGAAGAAACCUCCUCCUCCACCACCGUCAACACCUCCAGUCGUCUCUCCUCCGGCAGUAUCUCCACCAGCAACAAGCUGGCCCCCCUUAGCGACGACAAAACCAGCCGUAAGAUGACUUUUGAUGCAGAUUGAGAGAGCACGAAUCUAACAUCACGAACAGAAGACUUUGCUUGAUGCUCCAAAUCACGCGCCCCCUCGGAAAGGAGCUGAAUCGCCAGCUAAAUCGGACCCUCCACCACUCCCUCCUCCACCACCACCUCCACCAGCGAAUACCGUAAGUUCAAUGAUCCUGCUUGAAAAUUUUCUUUAAUGCUGACAAUGUAAUAGCCAGCACCGCCGCCAGCUCCAGUAACUACGCCUUCAUCCAGCACCAGUCGCUCACUCUCCAUAGCCACGCCAAUCACCCACGCUCCAUUCAAGGGCACUUUAUCGACUCCCGAGACCGCAAAAGCAACACCAUCACCACCGCCAGCUCCUGUGGCUGCGCUCCCUGCACUGGCAAACCCACCUCCACCUCCACCCCCACCGCCCGCUUCACCAAGCUCAACUCCAGUUACAUCCACUUCAGUAUCAGUUGCCCCCCCAACAACGCUUUUGUCCUCGAUAUCAACCAUUCCAGUUCCCAUCCCAAAAGCGACACCCCAAGUCCCAGCAGCAGCAGCUCCUCCAAAGGUGACACCAGCCGGUGUCCCAGAUCCAGACGCAAAUGCCCAACCCGGCCCCGGAAAAAGAAUUGGUGGCAGUUCCACUACUCCCAUUGCAGCAGGUACAGCAGCUCCAAACAUUCAAGCGACUCCCGCCCCUGAGAGUCAACCAGACGUGACAGUAACACGCAAAGAUAAUCGUCCCCGAACCAUUGGGAUAACCUUAGGUGUAAUUUUCGGCUCACUGGCCCUCAUUUUCUUCGCCUGGCUUCUUAUUGGCAAAAAGGCAAGGCAGCUUCGAAAGAGGAGAGACGAAGAGCAUGAGAAAGAAGAAAUCAUGUUUGCAGGGGCGGGGCGAGGCUCUUCGGGUAUAGAGCCGACGACUUGGAACGGAGCGACUACUGAUGUCCCUGAAACUUCUGCCCCUUCAGUUGUGAGCGGUAACGUAGGUGGUAUCCCGGCCGCCCUCCCAAGCUACCCGGUUUACACAAACCAAACGACUUACCCGCCCACUGUUACCACUCCAACCAUGCCAGACUACGUUAAUAAACCAGCCUUCGCCCCAGCACCUUUGGCCGUAAGAGAACGCGAGCCUGAGCCUGAAAUGGACGAAGCAAAAGCACCAGCGUCAUGGAGAGAUUCCAUAGCUACAGUGUCAACCAUUGUAAGCGUAGCACGAUUCCGGACCGUCAAAUCAUGGGCCUGGGAUCAGAGGAAGAGGAAUUUGGCGGAUAGUAAAAUCCCUGACGUGCCCGCCAUGCCUCCAAAAGCCCCAUAUCGACAAUUGGAUUAAGCGCUCUACUUAGAGACAGCCGAGGAAAAGGAAAGGACAGGCUUGGACUAGGACUAGACUUGAACUGGAAAAUGGAUUAGGGAUGUGAAAAGUAAGGUGAAAUAGUAAUGGAGGACAAGUCUAGUCUUCAUGUCUGCCCGGCUCUGAAUAUAGAGAUGUAUAUAGCUAAUUCGAUAAUUUUAACAUCAAAGCUACAGGAACCAAC